AUGAAUCAAUCAGCCGCAUACACGCCCCUCGAGUCGCUGUUCCUAUUCCAGUCGUUGUUGACUCAAGGCGCCGACCCUGGGGCCUUCGCGCGUAUCUCUGAACAGCUCACGGAGAACUCACUCAUCAAAGAGGGAGCCACCUAUGAUCCCGCACGAUUAAAGCCCGAUGCGCUUCAACAUCUUUUUCUACGACUGUUUGGGGAGGAGUUGAGGGGCGACUCGGACAAGGAUACAGUCGACAACCCAGCAGCAUCACCGAAUACUCAAAAACGAAAACUCGAGAGCCCUCCGCUACCGACAUUCAAAGAUGUGUACGACAAUGUCGAAAAGGUGCAAUCGCUCGUCCAGCGCCUUUGGCAACAAUAUAGCGCUAAGAUCGUUGGCCACAUUCGGGAGGAUGAACAAAAGAUCGACGCGUUGCAGAAGGAUAUCCAUUUCUUAGACCGAACUGCACGAGAACGGCGCGCUAGAGCCGCAAGUCAGAACGGUACGCCUGUGCUUGCUGCUAGGGACCAGAAGGCUUCUGUUCCGUCUAAUGUGCCAACUCCACCACCUACUGCGACGACGGGCGCGGUGACUCCUGUUCGAAAAGGACCUACACCUCAGACGCCGGUGCUCCCACCGAAACCUCCUGUUCCUCACAGCAAUCAACCAAGCGUUGCACCGCCCAGCCACUUGCCCGCUGGAACAACGCCGAUACGACCUUCUCCGUCGCCAAACCCGCCCAAUGCUAAUGGCUCGGUGCUUCAACCUCCCCCAGGAGUUCCUCAAACUGGGCCACGACCGCUGCAGGCAUCGCAGCCUCCUAAGCAGACUCUAACCCCUCGGCCGGAAGCUGCAGCCAAGCCGAAAGACGGCACUACGGUCCCUCAAAAUGCGUCACAAGGAGCUGCUCUCAAGUGGGAGAAGCCUUAUCAGCCACCGCAGACUCAUACGCCCCCUCCUCGACAGCUUCAGUCGCCUCUUGCUCAAGGGGCAAUAGCUCCGCCCCCAGCACAGCAGCAUCCACAGCAGCAACAGUACUCACAACCCCACGGACAAUAUCCUCCGCAAGUGCCGCAACAGCAGCAAUGGUACCCUCAACCAACCGCGCAAUUCUCGCCAAAGCCUGGAGCUCAACCGCUUGCGUCCCAUCCUCAAACGCCUCAGCACGUUCAGGUUCAACCUCGACCACAACCUGUUGCUCCGCAACCGCCCCAGGUUCAACCUCAACAACAGGGCCAGCAAGCGCAGCAGCAGCAGCAACGUUCACAGCCUCACAUACAACCCCAGCAACAACCACGUACUCCCCAGACACAGCACACUACACCGAUACAGCACACGCAACAGAGUCAGAAAUCUCAUACCCCUACACCAGUACAACUUGCCCAAACGCAGCAUUCCCAGCAAAAUCCACAAGUCCCUAUUCCUCAGCAACAACAGUUCAAGCCUCGGCCGACUCCUGUAAAGCCAGGACUGGCACCCCCUCAGCACGCUGGCCAAAUACCACCACCAUUGCAACCAGCGCCACCACGAUCGUCAAUAGACUUGACUGGAGGCCAGACGCUCCAGGCUCGGCCAUCUUCAACCACACCAGUGCCACAUCCUCGUCCUGUUCAGCCAACGCAAGGGCAAUCUCAGCAUGUUCGACCGAUUGUUCCAGCUUCGCCAACUCCUCCUGUAGGAAACUCAGGCCCGAUUGCAACGCCUCAGCAGCGCCGGCCCUCGGGAUACCAGCUCCAACAACAAUAUGCGUCGCUAGCGGGUUCAUCUGCCUCACAGGCCUCAAAGGCAGAGAGCAAGAACCAACCUUCGCAAAAUGCUCCCCAGCAGCCGGUACCUGGCGCUUUGGGAAACAUUAUUCGUCAAGUCUUGAAUACUCCAGCGAAGAGACUUGCGACACCGCCCGGGCCACGCACCCCUACUUCGACCUCCGUGCAUCUUCUUCAAGGAUUUGGAACAAAAUGGGCGCCUCAGUCGACUCCAUCGACCCCUGGCCCUGGCCACGUGUAUGCUGCCCCCCAAAGUCCAGCUUUCGAGCCGGUCAGCCCACCUUCUAAGAAUGCGACGUUGCCUAGUUCUGCUGCGUCUACGCCAAAACCCAAGAAGCAAGCACCGAAGGCAGUUCCAAAGCUUGAGCAACCAGCGCCUAAACCCCGGGGCCGAACUGCCAGACCCAUUCAGAAAGCUCGAGGUGUUAGCUCUACUCCUUCAAUCAGUCGGUCAAGGCGAAGCCAGUCUGUCAUGUCUCACACCGAUGAGCAAGCGACGCAGGCUAGCGAAACAGGACCCAGAAUCAAGGAUGAGGAUGCCACACCUCGGCCCACUGAAGAAACAGGCGAUACGACUGCUGACGAGAGUGUCCCUGGUCGGGCUCAGAUUAUGACACCUGGGAGUGUCUCUUCGCGCCUUCAAAAACGAAAGCGACAAGGCACACCACCUGACUUGCCCCCUGAGACUUCCCAGGUUCUGUGGACUCGUGGGUUUACAAAGGUGUCAUCAUCUGCUCUUGACCAGAUCUCAAGCCACCGUGAUGCCAACAUGUUUGCUACUAGACUUCGCGAGAAGGACGCGCCCAACUACCGCCAGAUUGUGUUGCAGCCCCAAGAUAUAACAUCUAUCCGGUCUGCUAUCAAGCAUGGAAAUAAGGCGGCUGUUCAAGCUGCGGCAAACCUCCCUGGAGGUGACCCCAGCACUGCACAUGUGUGGUUGCCAAUGUCUGAAGAGCUCGUCCCGCCCAAAGGUAUCAUAAACAGCGCUCAACUCGAACGCGAACUGGUCCACAUGUUCUGCAAUGCUAUCAUGUACAACGCGGACCCUGAUCGCGGUCCCGGACCAGCCUUUAUGAAACGGUCUCAGGAAGAGGAGGAGGAGAUAGUAGGCUACCGCCUCGAUGAGAACGGCGUUGUGAAAAACACUCGCAGCAUGUUCGUAGAGGUCGAGAAGCUACUAGGAGAUCUACGAAGCGCAGAGAAAGAGCGUAGCGCUCCUCCGCCGUCUGCUCGCCCGGCCAGCGUCGCCACACCCGCUGAGGAAACGGGUGACGAUGAUGACGAUAAUGGGGAACGUGAAACUGGAACUGCCAAGAGACGUCGCAUUGGAGGCAGGGGCUAA